AUGGAAUCACACUCUAGCGUUCCGAGAAGGCAAAGUUAUGAAAGGGAAAGCUCUGAAAUGUACAGGCGACAAAGUUAUGAAGAAACUCGUCUUCAAAGACGACGUACUAUGGAGAGCGAUCUUGCUACAAUGGAGGCUGAAUCCAUAGGUAAUGCACUUCCAGAAGGGUUGAAAGCAGAAGGAUUAACGGAGAAGGCAGAACAGAUAUUCGUGACAAAGUCUCGUAAAUACUUGCCGAUCAUCCUGAAUCUAACACAUGGAGCGAUUUGGGGAGUUUUGGUCCGAAAAGGAUUGAUACAAUUAACCACCUAUAAUGGAUCUUUUUUAUCUGGCGUUAUUUGGGCAAAUUUCACUGCAUGUGUUGUUAUGGGAUUGGCAGUUGACGGUGAAGAGUUAUGGAUGACAUUAUUAGAGAACAAGACUUAUUCCUCCAAGAGUGCGAUACCUCUAUAUACUGGUAUUACUACUGGAUUCUGUGGUACGGUAUCAUCGUUUUCAACAGUUAUAUUGGAUACUUUUAACAAAUCUGCCGACACUGAAAUUGGCAAAAGCUUUCAUUACCCGAAUAGAGCAUAUGGUAUAAUGGAAUUUUUGGCAGUUAACUUGGCACAAUUGGGACUCUCAAUGAUGGGGUUCCAUAUCGGAAAACAUCUACUGCAAGUCAUCGAUAAGUACGUUUCACCAAUGAGCGAGAAAGUUUAUCGCUUCAUGGAGUUGUUAUCAAUGGCACUUGCUGUCUCUUUGGUCAUUAUCACCUGCUUUUUGAUUGGGUUCAAAAACCAUGGGGCUUGGAGAAGUUGGACAUUUUCCAUGUUAUUCGCCCCUUUUGGUGCAAUCCUCCGAUUCUACUUAUCGAAAUACCUCAAUGUCAAAGUUAAAAAUUUCCCCAUGGGAACAUUUGCUGCAAACAUGCUUGGUACAUUGCUCCUUGCAAUUUUCACACUUAUAGGAAGAGGAAAGCUUCCACUGGGGGGAAGAAUCAAUUCGCAUGUUAUGGGAUGUCACGUUUUGAUUGGCUUGGAUGAUGGGUUUUGUGGCGCAUUGACUACUGUGAGUACCUUUAUGGCCGAAUUAUUUGCGUUGAAGACUUUUCACAGUUAUAGAUAUGGAAUUGUAUCAGUAUUUGUAGGCUAUGCUUUGAUGAUUUUGAUAUUGGGUUCAUAUAACUGGACAGUAGGGUUGACUGAUCCGGUGUGCUCGUAG